AGCCAUGUUUGCUAAUUUGAAACCCAAAGGUUAGCGAAUACCUGUUUAUCGUUUACAUCAUCGACUCCUUCUUCAACCACAUAGUUGUUUUAUUAGAGAUCCAAAGGCACCGGUGGCCUUUGCAGUCCAAGGAUAACAAGAUGGAAGCAAAUAAUCAUUUUAACUACAGCCCCCAUUCCUCUGUUUCGGGUAACUCAGGACUGAAGAUUUCCUCAGGAGAUUCUCUCUAUACUAACGGGUCCUCAGCGAGCUUCCCCCAGCAAGGGAAAAAUUUGAACGGCGACAUGAAUGUGAAUGGCAUCACUACUGUAGUGGGCACCAGCCAGUCUGGCUCUCACCCCCCAUCCUCUUCCUCCUCUUACCCUCACAUGAGCAACCAUCAUCACCAAGCAGGUAUGGGUUAUGACUACCUGUGGGGUCAGCAUCAGUAUGGCCCAGGCAUGGGUACGGGCCCAACUCAUGGAAUGCACCAGAAACAGGGCUCACCAGGGGUCGUACAGCAACAGCAACAGCAGCAGCAGCAGCACUUCCAAGGGCAUGGACAAUAUCAGGUCAAUGGGAGCAUGGCACCAUCACGCCAGCCUCCCGGUGGUGCAGCUGCAAACCUGACGGGAACACAGUACUGGAACAGGGGUAACUCCGGACAGCAACAAGGUAGUUCGUCCAUGUCGAUGGGGUACAGCUCUCACGGCAUGUACGGUGCCUACUCAAAUCAGGUACAUCCAGGCAUGCAAUCAUCGCAGCAACAUCACUCACAGGCUCCACCCGUACAGCAAGCACAUCACCAUCUCCCUCACCACCCAAACCAACACCACCACCAGCAAUCCCAACAACAACAACAACAACAACAACAGCAGCAACAACAUUACAGCAUGGUUCCAAACGGUAUGCCCUUCUACCAGCACCAACCUCAGCAUCUAUCCCAAACUCAGACCCAGAACCAGUCGCAAACUCAGAUGAUGCCUCCCACAACCCAGAACUUCACUCCACCACGAGGGAGUCCUCAGCAUCACCACAUGGGCCGCGGGGGCACGAGCAGCCCCCUUCCUAUGAUGUCUCCAAUGAUGUCCCCCUCUGCCAUGACUGAUAGUGGUUCACCCCAAAGUCGGGAUAGGCAACUGAACGAGGCUUAUAAAGAAGUGGAUAAAGGCUACAAUGGGGUUGAGAGGCCCUCAGUCACACAGAGGUUGCCUAAGAAUGAGGGAUUCACCUCUAAACCAGCAGGUAGCAAUACGGUGCCCACCAGUGACUACUGCCAGCGUGUGCAGCACACAGGUAUUGAUGUUGAGCAGUCUGUGAAAGAGCAGCACGGCAUGGGAGCAGCAGCCAGAGACCCUUCUGUUUCCGGGUCCCCACCCUCCAUGGUUUUGCCAUUGUGUCAAGAUACAGCCGGACCCCCUCAGUUGGUUUCUGGACCUCCUCCUCUAUCUGUAUCACAUCCUCUGGCCAUCUCAGAAACUCUCUCGGUCUCUGCCGCCUCUUCGACAGCAUCUGCGCCCCCUCCAGUUGUGCCUAAGCCAGCUCUGGGGGUUGCUGCUCAACCAUCAUUGCCUGCACCUCCUGCUGUGCUCUCAACACCUCCCUUGAUGAUCCAAGGCCUAAGACCUGGCACGGUUUCUGUGCCUCCUUCGACUGUUCCGAUGCCUCAAGUGGUCUCAACUUCUCCUUCAAAGUCUGUAUCUUCUAUAAUGGGCCAAGGUUCCAGGGUUCAGUCUAUGCCCACACCUCUUCCUGUGGUUUCAGCAUCACAUUCUCAGUCUCUUCCUACAGUAUCAGCACCUGCUCCUAAGAGCUCUGUGCCUCCCCAUCUGGUGCCUGCACCUUCUCACAUAGCCUCAACAACUCCUGACAUGUCUGGUCAAGGUGCAAGAGUUCCACAGAUGUCUACACCAGCUUCCUCGGGGGCCACACCUCCUCCAACUGUGUCUGCACCUCCUCCAGUGGUUUCUGCUCCUUCCACAGCACAAGCACCUCCACAAGGGACCUUGUUGUCUCAAAACUCUAGACCUCCUCCACCUACUACUGUGGCUGAUGCCAUUUCUAAGCAGCCUCCUGCAGUUUCUGCACAUGCAGAAUCUCCACCUCCCUCUAUAGUCCCUGCUCCACCUCAUACAGUCUCUAGAACUCCUCAAAUUGUUCCAGUUCCUUCUGCCAAGACUGCUUCUUCUCAGCAUCCCUUGAUAUCUCCCGUUGUGAGUGAACCUCCCCCUGUGACCAGCACUCCAUCUCUUGUAGUCUCAGCACCUCUUGCUGCAAUAUCCACUCCUCCAAGGGCAGCAUCUGCUCCCAGUGUUGUUACUACACCGCCUCUUCUAGGUUCCACUGCAUCUAAUUUGUCAUCCCUCUCUCCUCAUGGACCAAUGGAGGAGGCAUCUCGAGAGCCUAAGACUCAGGCCUCUGACAACAAAAUCGAUUCUCCCCAGGAGAGCACCGGCAAACAGAGCAAAAGUGAUCCUCAAAGCAGAGUCAAAAGUGUAGACACCCCAUUAAAGAGGGAAUGUAGUGCAGAUUUGCAGCCUGAAACCAGCCUCAAAGGGAAAGUGCAUGUUAAGCACUCCGGGACACCUACGGUGGUUCAGCCCCCAGAGGAGGCUGUAGCAGACAUUAAACCUCUAGACAAGAAAGACACCAUUAAGGAUCAUGAAUUGCCAAAUAGGCACCAAAACGACACAUUUAACAGCACGCUUGAUUCAGAGGUAUCUGAAGAUUACUCCUCUAUGCCUGAUUCAACUCACAUUGAUAGCAUGAUGGGGGAUGGCUACAGUUCCGUGGAUGAGUCCUGUCCUGAGAACAGCUCCAUGUUUGCAGAAGGUACUACCAUGGAUGAUUCUAGGGACAGAUUAAUUGACACCCACACUGAGGAUUCUUCACUUGGAGAGGAGACCAUGGAGGACCUUUUGACCACCAGGGAUUCUAGGGAGGAGUCUUCACGUCAUCAUACUGACACUUCACAGCUGAAGGAUUCUUUAAAUGACACCACACAGAAUGAGACCUCUUUGUCAAUGAUUUCUGUAAAGGAUGUCUCCACACAGCCUGGUGAAGUUCCAGAGGAGGAGGAAGAGAGGUACGGGCAUGAUGCCCCAGACUCAGCUGCCAACAUUGGGGUUCCUACCUUACCAGUAAUGACCAGCACAAGUAUUAAACAAGUAGGAAACUUGGGCACUGUGGAGGGAGGAACCACGCAACCAAAGACGGCUGGAGUGGCAGUCUCUACGACAACAACACCACGCAAGCCUGUUGCCAAGUCAAGGAAAGCCACGCCCACUCAAAAUUCAGACAGUGUGAAGACAUCAAAGCGUAAGUCUGCAGCACCAAAAGUCCAGAAAGAGGAAAAAGUUAAAAGAAGGAAGAAAAAUGAGGAAAACCCCCCUGCUGGUGCAAAGAAAAGGAAGCUCUCUAAAAGUGCACAUGUCCCAGGGGAUGUUGCUGUGCAGCCUGCACCUCCUCCACAAAGCCCACCUCCUGUAGUAAAAGAGCCAAUACCAUUGCCAGGUGACCCAGGCUUGACCAGUAAUGGGAGUCCUCUUGUGAAGCCUAAAAAGGUGAGGAAACCCAAGGCAAAAGAAAAUUCUAUGAAGCCUCCAAAACAAGCCAAAGCUGACAUUGUCAAGGAAGCAAAAACUGAACAGGACAACGAUGAUGACGGCAGCUCCACAGCAGGAGAAACUCCAAGGAGAAGGAUUGCAACUGAGGAACAAGUCAACUUUCCCCUUUUGCAUGGCUGGAAGAGAGAGAUUCGUGUCAGGAAGAUUGAAGACCGACUGAAAGGCGAGACCUGGUACUACAGCCCUUGUGGAAGGAGGAUGAAGCAAUUCCCAGAGGUUAUUAAGUAUUUGAGGAGACACCAGGAUAAUCUGCAGGGAGUGACCAGAGAACACUUCAGCUUCAGCCCACGCAUGCCGGUUGGGGAUUUCUAUGAGGAGCGAGAGACACCAGAGGGCAUGAAGUGGUUUCUUCUAGCUAAUGAGGAGGUGCCUUCCAUGAUCAUGGCAAUUACUGGAAGGCGCGGUCGCCCACCAAACCCUGAUAAGGAGAAGCCACGCCCCCGUGCCCGUCGACCUAAAGGUACCCCUGGCCGACGCCCAGGCAGGCCGCCCAAAACCAAGAUGGUAGAUCUGCUUAGCAAAGUGGAUGCCAGAUUGCUGAAGAGGUUGGAAGCCAAGGACGCUUUGACUGAUGAGGAAAAAGAGAAACUUGUCAAGAUCAAGAAGAAAAUGAAGAGAAAGGCGAGACUGAAGAGAAAAGAAGACGCCAAAAACAAGAAAAUUCGGCAGGAGAAACGGAAAGCCAAACUAGAAAAAGCAAAGGACCAAGAGCAGCAACAACAGCAAGAGGAUCACGACGGCCAGGCUCUGGACAAGGGCGCUCCGCCGUCCCUGCCCGCUCCAGAAGCGAAAAAACCAGGCCGUAAGAAGAAAGCGCAGUGUGAGGAGGAUGCGGAGAAGCCUGCGGGAGCGGUGAAGCGCGUGGCCAGUGUGCGGAGUAAAGCCAAAGCUUUGGCCAAAGCCCAGGCAGAGGCCGAGGCCCAAGCCCAAGCCGCGUUAGCGGCAAAGAGACAAGCAGAGAGGAGGGCGCAGGCCCAGCGCCGUCUGGAGGAGAGAAAGAGACAGCAGAUGAUUCUAGAAGAGCUGAAGAAACCCACCGAGGACAUGUGUCUCACUGACCAUGCUCCUCUUCCGGAGCUGUCGCGUGUCCCGGGUGUUGUGUUGUCUGGCCUGGCUUUCUCCCACUGUCUGAGGGUGGUGGAGUUUCUGCACGGUUAUGGGAAGGUUUUAGGUCUUCAGAUACCCAAGGACGUCCCGAGCCUCAGCACCCUGCAGGAAGGCCUCCUUGGCCUUGGGGACAGCCAGAGUGAGCUCCUGGACCUGCUGAUUAAACUGGUGGAGGCUGCACUUCACGAUCCUGGACUGCCCUCAUAUUACCAGUCGGUGAAAAUCCUUGGAGAGAAGUUGGUGGAUCUGGAGCUCAGUCACAGCACCGUGUCCGAGGUUUUGCGGAUAUUUCUGGAAUCUCAUGGCUUUGAGCUGGAUGUCUGCAACAGCCUCCGCACCAAGAGCUUCCAAACGCUGAAUCCAGACAUCAAAGCCUCCAUCCUGGCCUUCCUGGUGGAGGAACUCAAUGCUAGUAAUACAGUUAUCAGGGAAAUUGACAACACACUGGAGAAUAUGACUACCUACAGGAAGAACAAGUGGGUCAUUGAAGGGAAACUGCGCAAGCUCAAAGCAGCGCUGGUGCGUAAGACUGGCCGCUCAGAGGAGGAGCUGUGUUUUGAGGAGAGGAGGCGCAGUGCUCGUGUGGGCGUGGCAGAAGAGGAGAGCAUGGAGGAGAGCAGCCUGUUGGAGAGAGGCAGUCGCCGUGUCCGCAAAGAAGAGCCCAAACUCACUGAGGCGGAGAGCCCGAACAACGCCAGCAUUCCAGAACUGGAGAGACAGAUAGAUAAGCUAACUAAGCGUCAGGUGUUUUUCCGUAAGAAGCUGCUGCAGUCCUCUCACUCUCUCAGAGCAGUGUCGCUGGGUCAGGACCGCUACCGCCGCAGGUACUGGGUCCUGCCGCACAUUGGUGGCGUGCUUGUGGAGGGGCCGGAGGAGAUCUUAGCUUCAGGUGAUGUUUUGGUGAAGGAUGAACCUGUAACCUAUAUGAAGAGAGAGGUCAAAGAGGAACAACCUCCCUCUCCAGUCGCUGCUGCUGCUCCUCCCCAAACUACACUCCCAUCAUCUCCUCCUCCUCCCACCAUCACCUCCCCCACAGAGACCGACCCCCUCCCCGGAGAGGCCUCCCUCAUGAGCAGCAGUCCACGAGGAAGGGGCCGCCCCCGAAAAAUCAAACCAGAAGUAGAGCUCCACCUGCGAACAGCCAAAAACCGCCGACGUCGACGCAGCAGCAAAUCAGGAGGCGAUGAGUCGUCCCAGGGCGCAGGAGGCGAUGGUGGAAUGCAGGAUCUCACUCAGACCGCCUUCACGGCUUGGCUCAGCCAAUCACAGGGCUCCGUGCCCAGUGGAGGGCCAACGGCAGCAUCCAGUGCAGGGGCAGGCGAGGAUUGCAGCCAGACUGAAGAUAGUAUGAAGGAGCUGGCAGAAAAACGCGGGCAGUGGUUUAACCUCCUGCCUAAAGAACCAUGCGAUGAUGCUUCGCUGUCUCAGCCAUGUGAGGCCCCGCCUACAACUGCCUCAACCAAUCAGGACGCCCCCCUGCUGCCCCCCGCUACCAACCCCUUACCUGGGCCUCCACCUGCUCUACCACAGGUCAGUGCAAAAGUCUCUCCCGUUACAUGACCUGUACCGGGCUUGAUGCCCACCCCACCCAUGUGUUCCACCCCUGUACAGAAGCCUGCCAGGCGGAGGCGGAGGGGCAGCAGAGGCAGCAGCCCGGCGAAGAUGAGAGCAGGCACAGGGAAACGCCGGGGGAGACCCCCCUCCACACUGUUCCAGGAAAUAGAACAGAAAUACUUCACUCAACUUGUGGUGAAGCCCAUCCCUCUGGAGAUGGUAAAAGGUUGGUGGUGGAUCAAAGAGCCAGAGGAGUUGACAGCCGUUCUGUCUGCGCUGCACCCGCGGGGCGUCAGAGAGAAAGUCCUACACAAACACCUCACCAAGCACAUGGAGUACCUGGCUGAGAUCUGUACACGUCCCAUGACAGACCCCAUAUUCCAGGUGAACGAGGAGAAGAGCAGCGCGUUGUUGGAGGCCAUGAAGCAGCCAUGGGAGGAGCAGCCGAGAGCUCUGCAGAUAGACAUCAUUGCACUUCAGUGGGUGGAGGACUUGGAACAGCGAGUUAUGGCAGCGGAUCUGCAGCUCAAGAUGGCUCCCCUGAGUGGACAGACUGAGUCUGAGGGUGCCAUGGAAGCAGCAAACGGGGGAUUUCAGGUGUACACUGUUCCGGAGCCUGACUCUACUCGGGAGGACCUGGAAUACUACGAGCAUGAUGUGGAUCCCAGAGAUGACUGGAUCGUGCGGACUAAGAAGGAGUGGUCGGACCUGUUACGCAUUCCCACGCACCCUGUGGACCUGGCGGUUCUGCGACUGGCAAACCUGGAGCGGAACAUAGAGCGGCGGUAUCUUAAGGAACCGCUGUGGAACCUGUCAGAAGUUGUGCGACUCGCCCCCCUCACCCCCACCCCUGGCGAAGAAACCCCCAUGGAUGUGGUGAGUUUGGAGAGUGAGAUUACGCCGCGAUUGAGAACAUGGAGACAGGCUCUGGAUCGGUGUCGCAGUGCAGCUCAGCUCUCACUCUGUCUACAGCAGUUAGAGAGAGCCAUCGCCUGGGAGAGAUCUGUCAUCAAAGUGACGUGUCAGGUGUGUCAUAAGGGUGAUAAUGACGAAUACCUGUUGCUAUGUGAUGGGUGUGAUCGUGGCUGUCACAUGUAUUGCCUGAGGCCAAAGGUCACACAGGUUCCAGAGGGCGAUUGGUUCUGCCCUAUCUGCGUUUCCAAGGCGAAUGGCGAAUCUCCUCGAGCCCAGAGGUCAGCCCGUCAGAGCUCUCGGACACGGAAGCGGCGUUUUGGCAUAUACGGUGAAGAGAGCUCAGAUGAAGAGGACACCCGGGGGCGGGGCAUGUCAACGCGUCAGAAAGAGGCCGCUUCGUCCUCCUACAGCGGAACAGGUUACUCCCCAUCCAAAAGACGCAGAAUGGCCACAAGAAACCAGGCUGACCUGGCCUACUGCGAGAUCAUUCUGAUGGAGAUGGAGGCUCACACUGACGCGUGGCCGUUUUUGGAACCCGUGAACCCCAGACUGGUGCCUGGAUACAGACGCAUCAUCAAAAACCCCAUGGACUUCCUCACAAUGAGAGAGAGGCUGCUACAGGGAGGGUACCUUAGUUGUGAGGAGUUUGCUGCUGAUGCCCAGCUUGUCUUUAACAACUGUGAGCUUUUUAACGAGGACACAUCAGAGGUGGGCAAGGCUGGCCACUCCAUGAGGCAGUUCUUUGAGAGCCGCUGGGCAGAGUUCUACGAGAACAAGGACAAAUAAGUGUUUGGCGUUGGCCAGCUGUGGAGAGGGAGAUUAGAAUGGUCCACACACGUGUGAACUUGUUGGUCUCCUCAUCACUACUAAAACUGCUUCUGGAAACUUCUCCAGUUCUACGUGUAUACAUAUAUGUACAAAUAUAUGUAUAGAUA